CUAAACACAAAAAAGAAUUUGGUUACAAUUGUGAUGGUGGCCAUAGUGAGUUAAAUAACCAUGUCGUUAGAGACUCGAUCAAAUUCAGCUCUUUUUAAAAGGGCCGAACAAUUAAGACGAUGGGAAGAAUCGGACACGAAUCGCGAGCCAGUGGUGCCCAAGCAAAAGUCCAGGAAAAUAAAGUUUUCGUCGGGGUGUGUGUUUUUGGCAGCGUGUGCAUCGGGGGAUAAAGAUGAAGUUUUGAAUUUACUAGAGAAAGGAGCAGACAUAAACACAGCAAAUGUGGAUGGGCUAACAGCCCUUCAUCAGGCAUGUAUAGACGAUAACCUCGACAUGGUCGAGUUCCUGGUGGAGCACGGCGCCGACGUGAAUCGCGGCGACAACGAGGGAUGGACGCCUCUGCACGCGACCGCCAGCUGCGGCUUCCUCUACAUCGCCCGCUACCUUAUAGACAAGGGGGCGGACGUGGCGGCGGUCAACAAUGACGGCGAGCUCGCCAUCGACAUUGCAGAAUGCGAAAAAAUGAAGAAUUUACUAAAUGAAGAGGUCGACCGAAGAGGUAUUGACUGCGAUGCUGCGCGUAGCGAAGAAGAAAGGCUGAUGUUGAGAGACGCCAAAGAAUGGUUGGCUACGAAAAGUUCUCUGGUGAACUCGCAACACCCCAAACAUGGCGCCACUGCUCUGCACGUUGCGUCCGCAAAGGGCUACACAGGCGUUAUGAAAAUUCUCUUGCAAUGCGACGCCGACGUAGACGCUCAAGACGUAGACGGAUGGACUCCCAUGCACGCCGCCGCUCAUUGGGGGCAGUCAGAGGCGGCGCAACUGCUAGCAGAAGGUUUAGCCGAUAUGGAAGCAAAAAAUUAUGUUGGUCAAACGCCAUUCGACGUGUCCGACACAGAAAUGUUUAGGCAUUUGGAACAGUUAAGGGAAAAACAAAACAGAGAGGAUAUAAAUCGUCGACAGGCGAAAAAACGUGCCGAAAAGUUGGACCGUACGUCCGAGGCCGAAACGCCGAGCAAGGUUAAGAAAAUCGAGGUUGAAAUAACCGCGCCAGAAGUGCCUCCCGUUGACAAUAAAAUCGACGAAAACAUCGAAAUGGAGGUGACUAGCGAAAGCGAAUCGGAAACCGAAAGCAGUUCGGAUACAGAGUCGAGCAGUAGCGAGGACGAAAAGAAAAACAGGGCCAACACCAUGACAAUGACUGAUACGCACAACGAAACCGAGACAAUAACUUCCAGGCUGCCACCCACAGGACAAAAAACUCCUGCUUCCGCAGUCGAAAACAACGUUGAAGAUGUUCCUGCUUGGAGGAAAACUGCCAAUAAAAACUCCAAAGCAGAAGGCAACAAAAAGAAUUUUAAUGACUCUAAUAACAUGGAAGAAGUUACUCUAAGAAGAAGCAACAGUUUGAACAGUGACACGUUCUACACAAAAUACAAGGACCUGCAUGAACGCAUUCGGGCAUAUAAAAACUAUGACGUUAUCCCUUAUUCCACCAGACCCCAAUCCGAUACUAUCCUUUCCAUACAACCCAGAAAGGGCUACAGCAGCUCAAAAGAGGAUAAAUCCGAACAAAAUUCAAUAAGCACUACCACUAGUACCACAUCAACUCCCAGUAAAAUGUCACCAGCUUCUAGUCCACUACCCACAACACAGCCUUUGAGAAGGUCCUUCGUUCCACCAGUUAGAGACGAAGAGAGCGAAACGCAGCGUAAAGCCCACGCGAAGAGGGUGAGGGAAACAAGACGUUCCACGCAGGGUGUCACGUUGGAGGAGAUCAAAUCUGCCGAGCAGUACAUCAAAAAGAGCCAAACAAACAACAAAUCCGAUGCGUCGGGCGCUAACGGUGACUCCGGCAUCCACGUGACCGCUACCAUAACGACGGCCACGCCCACCGUCAUCACUCGGGAGAGCGAGGACGCGACGACAACGCACGAACGCCGGCCUUCGUGGAGAUUGCGCGUCGAUAAUGGUAGCUGCAAGUUCAAAUUGGAGGACGCCACCAAGCCUGCGGAUACGCCUAGCACCCCGUCGUUCGUGCGUCGCAGCAGUACUACCACCACGACCACCAAUAGCAACAACAACACGUUGCUGGCGUCGCAGCAGAGACCGACGUCGGCGCCGGUAGAGACGGCCGACGCCACCGUCACCCUGCCUCUGAGGAGGCCCAAGAGCCUGGAAGAAAAAGAACAAGAUAAAGAAAAUGAUGUAAGAAACGCUCAAGCUACGCUAGCGACCCAAGCGGCAAUCCAGAGAAGGAGGAGGCCUAAAAGAAGGUCCACUGGAGUGGUUAAUUUUGACAAUGUUGACGAUCCAGACCAAGACAAAGAGUCUUCUGGAGCUGGUGACCUUGAUGAAACCAAACAUAAUCAUCAAGAGUUUACUUUCGCCCAAACAUUAAAUUACAUAAGGAACUUGCGUUUCUUGUACUCGUUUGCGUUUGUGUGUAUUCUUGUGAGUGAUAUGUCGUUCAGAAGCAGCAAAGGUGUGCCGACGAGGCACAGAUCCUCUUCGAGUGUGAGGAGUAAUGGUUCGGUUGGAGGUUAUUCCAGACCGAGGAGUUUGGGGUAUUUCGGUUCCAAUACUUCGGCGUAUUCUUCACCAUACUCCAGCCCUUCUUCGUAUAGCCCUUCAUCCUACAGUAACUACACUUCCAACUACCAAAGUCCGUAUUUUCCCAACGGUUACAGGGGCUCCAGUGGGAGCAGCGGUUACGCCAGUCUUACGAUACCCGCUAAGGCCCUUACGAAUAUAAACGUGGUUACUCCGAGUUACUCCAAGACUUAUGAUAACAGUAGGGACUACGAUGGAGGGCACAGGUCGAGAAGGGAUAGUGCUAGGAGUUAUGCGAAUAGGGAAAGGUCGCUGUCAAGGUCGAGGAAUUCUUUGGCCAGCUCAGGGAUGGGUUCCAGGUCACUUAGUAUGACUUCGCUUAAUUCUGACACAGGAUAUUGUAGCGGUGUCGAAAGGAGCAGCCGAUCGCGUAUAAGCAGCAACAGUGAUAUUAGAAACGAAAAUGGAGAAAUAGAUUACAAAAAAUUGUACGAACAACAGUUGGUAGAAAAUGACAGGCUUAAGGACAAGCUCAAAAAGUCCGACGAGGAACUACGCGACACGAAACAAACGUUGGAAAGAAUAAACGUAGUUACUAGCAAAAAUUCACUCUCUGAGCUGGAAAAGCGUGAAAGAAGAGCAAUGGAAAGAAAAUUAAGUGAAAUGGAAGAGGAAUUAAAGCAAUUGCAAAAACUGAAGGCCGAAAACGAAAGGCUAAAGGCCGAUAACAGGUCUCUUACUCGGGUCAUCAACAAACUUACCAACUCUGCAAAAAAAUAGCACCUGGAAAUAUUGAAGUCCGAAAAUCAGAGGUUGAAAGAUGAAAACGGAGCGCUAAUUAGGGUCAUUAGUAAACUGUCCAAGUGAAUCGUGUUUUUCCUAUUGCAUUUUUUGUGUUAGCGACAACUUACACGUUAUUUAUUUAUUUAUGUCAAGCAUUAAAAGUUGUCCGUUUGUUGUAACCAAGUAUUAUUGUUAGUUUUUAUUUAUUUAACACAUUUCUUUGUAAAAGCGACUUUUUUGUUUAUGUGUAUGAAGAAUCCUGCCCAGUUUAACGCCAGCUAAAUUUCUUACUAAAAAUAUUACCCGUUUGACAACGUUUCUGUCUUGAUUGGGCUAAAUAUAUAAAAAUUUGUUUAUUGAAUGUGUGAUAUUGUACUUUUUAUUGUGUUAAUUUUACUAAAUAUUGAUUAUUUUUGUAGUGUUAAAAAUAGAUUAAAAAGACAAAAAAUACUGACUCAUGAUACAAAUCAAACUUAUCUACAUUUACUGCAUACAUGUCAAAUUAAAGAAUAUUUUUUGUAAAAUUUGUAUUGCAUUAUAUUAAUGAAAAUUAUCUUAUAAUAUGUAAUCAUAUUGUAUUUGUGAAUAACUUAUUAUAGACCAUAAAUUAAAAUAAACCAUUGUAUUUACACCUUUAUAACAAUUGAAGUUCCUUGUUUUCAAUUGUCUUUAAAUAUUUGGUCUUAUUUCAUAUUAACAAUAAUUGUGAUUUUAAUGUUAUCUAAAAGUAUUUUUAGUAAUUUCUACGCCUUCAAUUUAACAUAUUAAUUAUAUGUAAUUUAGUUAGUCUUUCGCGACUUUGAAAAUUGUUAUUUUUUGAUCUAGUCUGGACUAAAAUUAUGAUAAACUUAUUAUUUUGAUGUUUAAAAAUGCAGAUUUUUUUAUUGUUAUAUACAAACAUGUAUAUAUUAUAAGGUGCUGAACUGUUAUAGCUUUUAUAUCAAUUCUUUCUCUAAAAGAGAUUUGUAUAUUCAUGUCUACAUUUUAACUUGUACAUAAAAUACAACUUUUAAAGGAAAACUUAAAAAAUGUUUAUAGAUAAAUUGCCCAUACUAAUGUAAUUGUAAAUUGUUUUAGUACCUAUUUAACCAUAUCAAAUAUUGGUUACCUUUGUAAAAGUUUUAUUAAAAUAUUAAAAUCCAAUUUAGGAACUGUUAUAAUUUGUACCUUAAAAUAUUAAAAGAUACCAAGGGCAUUUUUUAUUGUUAAAAUUUAUCAUCCUGUUGAUUAAUAUUUAUCACAACCAUAAGUAAAAUGCUAAUAGACUGAUUAUCAAUUAAAUUGAUUUGCUUUAAAAUUGUUUAUGUUUUUUCACUUAAUAUUUAUUUCAUAUGCAGGAUAAUCUUAACUAAAUAGAUUUUAUUAAAUUUAAUCUAUUUUUAAACCAUAACGUUAAAAUAAAGUUUGGGUUUAAAAAUAUUUUAAGUUUAAUGAAAAAUCUUAUCAGUUGGUAGUUUUUAAUUAUUUUUCCUGUUCAUAAUGUUAAAUCUUUUUCUGAUUUAUUUUAAAUAUUGUUUACGAUUAAAACAAAGCUUGUAUAUAUUAGAUUAUAUGGAUGCUGUUUAACAUAGUUUCAUCGAACUUGUGCCUUGCUUUCCAUUAUACAAUACAUAUACACAUUAAUUUUAUAGUUGUUUUGUGUAAAUUAUUUCUGUAUUUAUUGUUUUAAAAGCUCCUAAAGUUAUUGUGAAUAGUCAUUUUUUAGAUGAUUCUGUAAUAAAACAUAUGCAUAA